CCGGGAUAUGUAAACUGCCCUGUGGAUAUGCAUCAGGGUCUAUGAGGAUGCAAAGGACCGAGGAGAGCAAACGUGUUUCUUACAAAGGGAAGCCGGGAAGCACAACGGGGUGCACGCUACAGGAAGCCGCGGCCUCCGGUGAUAAAUAGGAAAGCCUGGAGCACAGGAUGUGUUUCGGGAGAGCUCGGCGGGACAGCGGGAUGUGACUCCGCUGGUCAUUUGUCCACUUGUCCGGCGGCAUGGCCACGCUCCGGCCGCUCCUGCUGCUGCUGCUGCUGCUGCCGGCCUGGCGCUGCGGAGGGGAGGACGCGGAGGUGCUGUGCGCCGACAGCGCCUGCUACACCCUGCACCGGGAUGAGAGCAACUGGAAAAGCGCCCAGGAGCGCUGCGAGGAUAACGGAGGCAACCUGGCGCCGGCGGGCAGCGCGGGCGAGGCCGAGCGGCUGCGGGAGCUGCUGGCCAGCGCCGGCUGGGCCGGCCCGGCCUGGCUCGGGCUCGCCCUGCCCCGGGGUCACUGCGUGCGGCCGCAGGAGCCGCUGCGAGGCUUCUCCUGGGUGGCCGGAGGGGAGCCGGGCAACUUCUCGCAGUGGGCAUCCGAGCCGGCCGUCACCUGCGUGAGCGCCCGCUGUGUGGCCCUGCGGCCGCCCGGCCCGCACGGCCCCGGCGGCUGGGCCGACCGAGCCUGCCGGAGCACGCUGCCGGCUUUCCUCUGCAAGUUCAGCUUCCAGGGAAUGUGCGGGCUCCUGCCGCUGGCCGGCCGAGGCACGGUCACCUACGCCACCCCGUUCGGGGUGCGCAGCGCCCGCCUGGCCGCCGCUCCCUUCGGCACGCUGGCCGAGGUGCAGUGCGACAGCGGCCGCGCCUCGGCCUUCGCCGUCUGCAAGGGCUCGCUGGCCGGGGGCGGCUUCGCCUGGCACCCGCCGGGUCCCCUGUGCCCGGUGGACUGCGGCCACCACAACGGGGGCUGCCAGCAGCGCUGCCUGGACGCGCCCGGCGAGCCCCCGCGCUGCGCCUGCCACCCCGGCUACGUGCUGGCCGCCGACAUGGCCUCCUGCCUUGCCGAGGAUUCCUGCCAUCCCAACCCCUGCCAGGGAUCCUGCCGCCCGCUGCCCGGCGGCUUCGAGUGCGGCUGCGAGCCCGGCUACGCCCUGGCAGCCGACGGCCGCGGCUGCUCGGAUGUGGAUGAGUGCGAGUCUGGGCCGUGCCAGCACCAGUGCCACAACAUUCCCGGCGGCUUCCAGUGCCUCUGCCGGCCCGGCUACCGCCCCGCGGGGCCCGCUGGCCACCACUGCCACGACGUGGAUGAGUGUGCCCAGCCCCACGCGUGCCCGCAGCUCUGCAUCAACAUUCCCGGCUCCUUCCGCUGCGCCUGCCGGCCCGGCUUCCAGCGGCAGCCGGGAGGAGAGUCCUGCCUGGAUGUGGACGAGUGCCUGCGGGAUCCGUGUCCCGGCGCCUGCCGCAACUUCCCCGGCGGCUACGAGUGCCUGUGCCCGCCUGGCUCCCUCCGGGACGCGGAUGGCCACGGCUGCAGCCCCGCAGAGGCGAUCCCAAACAGUAUCCCCCAGAGCUCCAGCAGCAUCCCACAGAGCGCCAGCAGCAUCCCACAGAGCUCCACCGUCAUCCCACAGAGCUCCGGCGGCAUCCCACAGAGCUCGGGCAUCCCAAAGAGCUCCGGCAUCCCCCGCACCACGCGCAUCCCAUGGACCACGAGCAUCCCGCGUUCUCUGGGAAUGCCCACGGCGGGAUUGGGGGCCGGCUCGGACGAGCACAGCGCCGACGGCCCGCGGCUGCUGCUCUAUUACAUCGUGGGCAGCCUGGUGGCUAUCCUGCUCCUGCUGGCGUUCGCCCUGGCGCUCGUGGCUUGCAGGAAAAGGGCGGCCAAGAGGGAGAAGCCUCCGGCCAAAAACGCGGCCGAUAAUUAUUGCUGGGUGCCCGAGCAGCCCGAGAGCCGCGGGGAGCGCAGGUAGGAGAGGGUUAAAAAUCCCGAUGAAAGGGUGGGAGGGAAUGCUUUGUGCCCAAAGUGAGCUCCUCGGGCUGUUCCAGUGGGAUUUGCAGUCCUGCUGCUCCAAGGGUUAACGAGAGGGGAGAGGGAAUGGGGUGGAAUUUGUCUCCUCAGCUCUGCUCCAAAAGGCAAAUUCAGAAUUGUUGGAUCGUGUUCCUAAAGGGAAACUCCUCACUUGGAAUUCUCCUGUAGCCCCUUGUGCACUGCUCCCUCUGGAUUUGCCUCGUUUUCCUGGAAAAGGGUUUGAAGCUGGGAUGGGAAAGGGUUUGAAGCUGGGAUGGGAAUGGGUUUGAAACUGGGAUGUGCCCCAGCAGAGCUGGAACAGGCCCCUGCAGGCACAACCAGGGUGGGGUUUAAGGGUUACUUUUGGGGUUUUAUUAAAAAUCUGUCGCCUGAAACCAGGGAAAACUGCUCAUCACGGAGCCAAGGAAUGGCAUAAAGGUAGGAAAAGCUGUGUUUGGAAUAACCACUUCCUCAUUUCCUGAGUAUCCUGCCUAAAUCCAAUUCUAAACAGAGAAAACAAUGCUCUCCUUCCCAUCAGCCACAUGAGAGGCUGGGCUUUUCCUGUUGGAUCAUUUGUUUUGGGAAGGAUCCUUCCAGGCUCCAGGCUGAGCAUGUUUUCCCUCUUUCCCUGUGUAAGGAACUCGCCAGAAUUGGAAUAUUUGCUGAUUAUUCUGUGUAAAACCCAUAACUCCUGAAAGACUCUCCAGGCCAAAUUGUUCCCCAGGUACUUCCCAAAACUCCUUGAGCCUCUUCCAGCCUGUCCAACGGGAAUUCUCUCCAAAAUCCUGAGGGGCACACCCAGCACCACCUCCUCCAUGGUUUAUCCAUGCUGAGAAGGGCUGGAAAAGAUCAGCCACGGGAUUUGAAGGGUCCAGCAGCUUCCUGAAGUUUCUGUUGGAGUUAUAUUUUGUCCCUGGAGCUGAAUUGCUCCAGGAAUGGGAAUAGAACACAAAGGAGUUUGUGGUGGGCAGGGAGCUGCAUCCUGUCAUUCCAUGUGCUGAGCAAAACCCUUUCCUGCUUUUUUCUUGUCUUGGGGCUCCAUUGUGAGCUGCAAACAGGAAAAUGGAGCUGACAGGAAUGUUUUCCAUGUGCUGCCUGGGUUGGGAGAAAGGGAGGGAAUGCAGCAGCAGGAUUCUUGGAAAUCCUGCCGAAAAUUCCCAAAUCCCAAACCAGCAGAGCAUUGGAAAUAGCUGGAUCAAUGAAGGGAAUCCCAUGUUAAUAAUGCUGGAUUUGGAUCUGUGGGAAGUGACAGCCUUGGGGUUUUUUAUGGGAUAUAAGGCUAUAAAAAAGGAAAAAGGAAGGGUGAGGAUGGAAUCAGAGCUGGGAAAAACCUGAGGUGUGUUGUUUAUUCCCCAAAAAUCAAAAUCCUGAUUUCUGCUGCAACCUCUGUGUAUUCCAUUGGGGAAUGAUGAUGGAUCUAGGGGAAGACAGGAAUUUGUGCCAAGGUUUAGGUUGGAUUCUCACUAAUGGAAUGUUUCCUGCUCUAGCAUCCUCCCUCUUGGUGAACCAACCUCAUGUCUCUCAUUUUUCCUGGCACAUCUUGAUCCGUGGCCUCCUUAGGGAGUUGUCCAGGGACUGGGGAAUCCCACAAGUUGGAGCAGGAUAAUUUGGUGCCCUGUCUUCCACAGGAGAUGGGAUAUUCAUCCUACUCCUUGAAAUGUUUUGUUAUGGAUGAGUGUUUUGCUUUCUCAGAAUGAAACUCUUGGAUUUACAGGAUAAAGUUAUCCCAACACCUCUCUCUGGAUGAAAUUCCAAGAAAACCUGAAUAAAAAUGUGCUUGCA